CGGCAGCUGCCAGAGCCAUGAGAAAUUGACAAAAACUGGUCUAGCCGGCCUCACUCAAGUAACCUGCAAAGUGCACAGAUCAAUUAAGUAAAUACAGAAAAGUUUCCGUUGCAGCAAGACAAGACCAUGGCUGCCAGUAACCCGCAAAAGGAAGAGGAGGAGCUUGAUGACAUGAAAUUGUUUGAUGAAAUUAUGAUUGCCCCUCAUAAGAUCAAAUACAUCAAUCCACGAUACAAAAAGGUGAAUGCCAAAAUGUACGACUACAAAUGUGACAUCAAGCUCAGUGUUGGGGGAUCAAACUUCAAAGCCCAUAGAGAGGUGCUGAUGCAGGCCAGCGACUACUUCUCUGCCAUGUUCAGCCAUGACAUGCUUGAGAAGGAGCAGGAUGUGAUCGAGCUGCUGGAGAUGUCGCCCAACGGCUUCACCCUCCUUCUUGACUACUUUUACCACGGCCACGUCACACUCAACCCGGACUCAAUAGAAGAUGUGCUGGAAGCAGCUCGGUUCUUCCAGGUGGAUUGGGUUGUAGAAGUGUGCUGUGACUACCUCGUUCAUCAGCUGAGCAUCGACAACUACCAGACCGUUCUGCAACUGGCAGACAAGUACCAGCUGGGCGACUUGCGAGGGGAUAUCUUCCGCUUUUUGGGCUUAAAUGUCAUGCGGCUCUCAGAGGAAAAGGAUUUCUUCCUGAACUUUGAUCGUGAACUCCUUACCAAGUUCCUGAAGGAAGAUGUAUUUGUGGAGGCUGAUGAAGAGUUUGUGCUAGAGCUAAUCACAAACUGGGUAUCUGCCAAGCCUGAGGAGCGCCAGGAGUACUUGCUGCCUUUAGUUCGCUUGGUUCGGUUUCCGCUCAUGGAUGCCGAUUCUCUGUCUGGUAUCCAUGGUGACCUUCUGAAGUGGCCUGAGGUUGCAGAUGCUGUGGAGGAAGCGAAACACUACGCCAACGACAUCGCGGGUCAAAGUCUCUUCAGAGGCCCCCAGUUCAUGUCCCGUGGAGCUCGGCCCACAGUGGCCAUGCUCAUUUUCACUCCAGACUACUGUACCGUGACCUACUACGACAUCGACUCGGGCGCUCGCUGCCAGGAAGAACUGGCUUUCUCGGGAGAAGAGUCACAGUUUGAGUUCUCCAGCAUUGCCAGAGUGGGUAACUUCCUGUAUCGCUCUGGGGGUUACGACGAACGAGUGUGUAGCAGUGCCCUCGUCUACCGCUACAACCCACGUUAUCGGAACUGGAUACAGCUGGCCAGCAUGGCUCAGCCGCGUGUUUCGCAUGCUAUGUGUGCCUCCGAGGACCAGAUUUUUGUUUUCGGUGGGAUCGAGCACACCGUUGGGGAUAUCGGAGAUGAAGACAAGAUUCUGUCCUCUGCGGAAGUGUACAACGUACGGGAUAACGUGUGGCAGGACCUGCCGGAACUGCCCGCCGGAUCGUACAACCAGGCAGCUUCGUACAGCGAUGGCAAUGUGUAUAUUAGUGGAGGUAUCAGCGCUGACCCGUUUGACAGUGUCCCUAUGUGCACUCUCUGGCGAUACGACAUACAGAACAGGUCGUGGCACAAUCAACGCGACAUGCUGUAUUCUCGGCAGCGUCACUCCAUGACCACUGUUGGAAAUAAACUUUACGUGUUCGGAGGUUACACAGCGGCUAACGCUGGUCCCACUGAGGUCUUCAAGGACUGCUUCAGCAACGAAGUCUUCGACAUCGAGACCAACCAGUGGACAGAAAUCCGGCCUAUACCGGAAACGUUUGGCCAUGUAAUGCGGACUGUUGGAGUCUGGAAUGGAAGGUUUUUCCUGUUUGGUGGAGGCAGCCUCCACUCAUACUACAUCGAUGAGGAUCGGAUGGAAUAUGGAGAUUAUGUAGGCUUGUCUGUGCAGAAAAUAGCUGUUCUAGACGUAGCCUUCCCAACAUAAUGCCUAUUUUAAGAUCUUAGUAACACAAUGACAGAUCGAUAACCCUGCCACUGUAUUAUGCUUGUUCUCUCUGCAAUUUGUACAGAAGAAAAUUAUGAAGAAAUUACUGUCUUAUCUGUGGGCCUUUGCUGUUUGGUCUUCCAAAAUGAAACUGAGCUUGAUUCAAUUUAGCCCUUUUGCAAAUGUCAAUGGAAUCACAAUGUGUUUCAACAUACCCUAGACUCUUUCUGCUUAUUGUUGUCUAUCAUUCCACUGGUGCUGUUUUUUUCUUUUAAGUUCUCCACAAAUGUGAUAUGGGUCAAUAUUGUUGCUCAGAGUUUUCUGCUGUGUUUUAUAUACAUAUUAUAUAUAUACUUUCAUAUAAUGUCCUUCUUUGAACAAUUGCUAUUCCUUAUUUAUUGAUUUGCCCCAAGGGUGGGAAUUAUAUGUUCACAAUGUGUCUGUAACAAAGCUUUUGAUAAUACGGAGUUGGGUCUGAGGUUUGGUGUGUUCACUCUUUUUUCUUGUAACUUUUUAGUGUAUGUGUUCAGGUUUUUGGGGGGGUUUUUUGCUUCACACUCAUAUAUAUGACUUUUCUGUGCUGAUGGUGAUGUCAUACUUUACCAUGACAUUCUGUGAACUUUAUCUGAGAUUAAGACUUUGAUCAGUUUUUAAAUCACUGAGUGCAAAACACGUAAGAUAACUCAAGUACGCACUCAGAGUAAAAAAAUUCCAAAAAUUUUGAGAUUAAAAUUUUGACCAAAUUUAUGAAUCACAGACUGUGAUGACAACUCAUAAACCUUACAUGCUUCUAAUUUUUCCUUCAUUACACCCCCCUCCAAUAAAAAAAUCGUCUUCUUUCCUGGCACACACAUGUGCCUAUUUUCAACAUCUGAAUUGGAAAAGUGAACAAAUGAAUUUGUUUGUUUUUUUAAUUUAUGUUUUACAGAGAUAAUGUGUGGUCAUAAUUUUGAGGUACUGUCUCCUUUACCUGUAGACUGUACGGAAAGAAGAGCGAAGAGAGUUUACAUUUCCCUUGUUUUAAAAUAUCUCUUCUCACUUCACAAAUGUCUCUUCUCACUUCACAAAUGUCUCUUCUCACUUCACAAAUGUCUCUUCUCACUUCACAAAUGUCUCUUCUCAUUUUAUUCACGUCUGUUUCACUUUGCAAUUCGUUAUAUAUUGUUUCCUGCCCACCCAGUUGUCUCUGCCGAACAUUAUACUCGUAAUUGAUCCUGCCUGGUUCCAGUCCUAUACUGUAUUUCAUACCUCUCUUUAGCGUCAAGCUGCGUUGGUCUUUCAAUCUACAAUUGUCUUCUUUUUUUUUUUUUACAAAACAAAGCCAAUAGAUGAUUUGCUCCCUCCCUCAUCAGUCUAUUGUCAAUCCCUGCUUUGCCCUCUAUAGGUAAUUGUUGAAGUGAGACCUGUAAACUUUUUGAGAGGACAGCCUUUUUAGGUCACUGAAAGCAUUGUACAGUUUUUGUCAUUUUGCAGUGUUACAUGGUUUGUUCCCGAUAAUUAUUGCAUCCUCUAGGCUUUGCCAUCCUUUUGUUGUUUGCUUUUUCCAAUUUGUAAUAAUUAUUUUCUCCUUACUUCAUCCCAAUUUUUCUAAUUAUGUCCCUUGCUCUUCCAUGUGUGCGAGCACAACGUAUUAUAAUUAAUGUGUGCUAUGUUUCUAGUUAAAAAUGAAGUUUGGAAAAUGGGUACCUGCUCCUGAUUUUUGCCCAUGUUUCUCUGUUGUUUAAUUAUUUUAGGCCCUUGUGCUAGUGUUGCCACGUCUCUCAACAAUUACAUUUUGCAAGAAGUUUCAAGUCAGGGAUUUUUCUGUUUGAGGUUACGACUACUUUUAUCUCUAUGCCUCUAAGCGUGUGGUUUCGAGCACACCACUGGUAGAUAGUGCUUCUGUAAUCUCCAUCUGUCAUUUCCCUCAUCUAGCCCUGCAGCUCUUUCCCAGCAUAAUGACUGUUGUUAUUGUGUCAGUGUGCUUCUCUUUGCUCAAAACAAAAAUGAAAUAUAUAGUAACUUCCCUGUUUGAAGCACUCAUGGCUGAUUCAGUGUAGUCUGUUACUUUUAUUGACUUGUUUGUCACUCACACCAAAGUUUUCCUUGAUUGAGUUAUGUCUCGUAGACAGGACUCCGCCUUAUUUUCUGCUUUGCACCGUAGUAUUCACAUUCAGAGUUCUCUUGUGUGUUGAUUUUGCAUUCCACUGUUCUUUUUCAUAUGGGUAAUUUCAUUUUUAUAUCUUUUGUCUUGGGGGGGGGGGGGGGGGGGGGGGGCACUACAUGUUUUUUUUCCCGUUCAAUGUUUUCAAUGUCCCAAUGUGUCGUGGGUGAAAUGUGUCCGUUAUUGUGCUAACUCUGAGAAAACUUAAACUGCAAAAA